AGGUUGUUAAACCAGAGUUUAGCCGAGCUGUCAUUGGUUGAUAAAUCCGUCCUCGCGCUUUCUGGCCCCUCUCACGCAGUCUCUGACGCGUGGUCAAUGGAAUAGGCCAUUAUACCUGUGUGAUCACUUUUUUUCAUGAACAUUUCUUACCUGGAUUUUCUUCUUUAGGUCCGCGUAUCGACUGACCGCAAACAUGACAAUUAGGACGCUGAGAGAUUACGGUCAGCACUACCGACCACGGAUGGCAUGCCUAAAAAAUGUAGGUUACCUACCAGUGGAGGUGUUUGUGGUUGAGAUGCAGGAUCCUAAGAGUGGGGUGAAGGGUGCCGACCAGAAACUCAAUGUAACCAUUAUCCCACAUGUCAUCAACGGGCAGGACAUUCUAGCAUGGAUUGUCACCAAAAUGAAGGUUACCACAGAAGAGGCCCAGGCGUUUGGGACUAUGCUGGUGGCCUACGGGUACAUCUACCCCCUCCAGAACCACAGGAAGUUGGUCCUGGUCCCCGACAGCACCCUCUACCGCUUCCAGACCCCUUAUUUCUGGCCUGUGCAGAAGUGGCCCGCUGAGGACAUAGACUAUGCCAUCUAUCUGGCCAGGAGAAACAUCCGGAAGAAGGGGAUGCUGGAGCCCUAUGAGCAGCAACACUACGACAAUCUCCACAAAUGGAUGAACCCCAAGUGGGAUUUCAUCGUGAUGCAGGCUACAGAGCAGUACAAGGCUAAUAAAGAGAGGAAGAAGCCAGACAGAGUGGUGUUGGACUGUCAGGAGAGAGCCUACUGGAUAGUACACAGGCCACCACGUCGGACACACAGUGCCAUGGACUAUGGUCUGGACCGUCUCAUUGACCCCAAUGCAGAGGAGGUGUUGACCUUCGACGUGGUCAGGAGAACCAACAUUUUCCUUACACAAGCCCUAAUGAGGUCAGCUGUCAAAUCGUCUGUGUCCCUCACAGCCUUCGUCAAGUUCGUGACAACCCACCACAAUCACGACCCGUUCCUGACAACCCCUGUCCCCAGCAACCCUUGGAUAACGGACAGUGAUGAGUUCUGGCAACUCAACUCAAGAAGUGUGGACAUCCCCACUAAGUUGAGUGUGGAGCGUUGGGUCUUGAGCUUCUGGGAGCUGAUCAGUGACCCACGAGGCAGAGUCGACUUCAAGCUCUUCCUCAAGAAGGAGCACAGUGCGGAGAACAUGGCGUUCUACGAGGCAGCUGAGGAGAUGAGGUGGGGAGCAGCGUCUGCCAUACCAGAGAAAUCCCAGUUCAUCUUCAACACCUUCCUGAAGCCUGGAGCUCCUCGAUGGAUCAACAUCGAUGGUCGUACCAUGGGGCUGACAGUGAAGGGUCUGGUUGUUCCUCACCGCUACGUGCUGGACGCUGCCCAGACACACAUCUUCCUGCUCAUGAAGAAGGAUACGUUCUACCGGUACCUGAAGUCUCCAGUCCAUAAAGACAUGCAGAAGAGGGCUCUGGUCCCGGCGCCCCACGUCUUCACUGAUGCCCAGUUGGAGGCCAAUGUGAGGAAUCGUAACCCAGGCAUCAGCCCCAUCCUGCAGUGGCAGCAGGAGGAGGAGGAGAAGGCAGCAGCAGCUGUUGCUGCCAGGCCCAUUGACGUCAAAGCCAUGGUGGCCACCAACAAGCUGGACAGGAAGUAGAGAGGGCCCAGGGCAUCAUGGGAAAUGGAGUUUAAUAUACAUGCGGUUGUUCAUCUAAUAUAUAUAUUUGGUUUCCAUGGAGAUGGUGUUACAUAGGACUACUUUAUGUCCUAAAUAUUGGACUUAUUAGCUACUGUUUUAAUGGAGAUAUUGGUAUUGUAUAGAAUAAUUGAUGUCCUCGACAACUGAUGUCAAGCCAGUACGGAUUGGUUGAUUGAGGGAAAUAAACUAUUGUCUGUUGAGUA